AUGUCGCUUUGCAAGGUUUGCCAGGAGGCGUUGGUGUUGGAAAUAGACGAUGAUGAAAUCGAGGCUUCCGGUACCGCUGGUCCCAAUACUGCCUCGAAUUCACUGGUCCCUGACGAUCUCGAAUUGUCCUGCGGUUGCCACUUCCAUUGGCAAUGCUUGUUGGAUCAAUCUACUGACAUAGCCCUGUCUCUUAAGUGUCCCAGCUGCAGCGCCCUCCUUCCUAUCAAUAACGCGGGACCUUCUGUGACCAACCCAUUUCUCUCUGCACCACCGGGCGCGGCGAUUAUCACAACAUAUACAAACGAGGGUGGUGUCCAAGAAGGACUAGACAUUCUGCCGUCAAUUACAGAGGAAGCAUAUCUUGAGAGUCACCCUGAAGCACGCCCGGCUCGUGCGCUACAUGUGAUGUGUGCAGAGGGUGACAUUGGAGGUAUUGUUGAACUGCUUCGGGAUGCCAGCGAUGACAUCAAGGAUAUGGCAUCCUUUGUGACAUAUCAAGAUCCCCUUGCAGAUAUGAAGAGUGGGCUUCACCUGGCCAUUGAGUGCAAACAAGAGGAGACCCUCUGGCUUCUGCUUUGGCUAUGUUCAACGAUCCCGGCCUCCUCUUUUCCCGUAAACGCCCGCUCUGUGGCCGAAGCUCUAGAUGUUGGCCGGUUAUCGGUAAGCAGCGAAAAGGACAUUCGUGGUUUACGAGACAGCCAUGGCAGGACAGCAGCAGAUAUUGCUCAGCAGCAGCAGGGCCAGUGGGGGUCGAUUCUACAGACAGGUCUGCUGUCGUUGUAA